ACCUUUGAGGUUUCUUAAAUUCCUAUAACAAUCCCUAAACCUUAUAUUCCUCAAAAACCUAAAGAAGAACACCAAGAGAGGACAUGGAUAAUUAUCAUCAUCAUUUGGCUUUAGCAUUUGGCAUACUAGGUAACAUCAUUUCCUUCAUGGUGUACUUGGCUCCCUUGCCAACAUUUUAUCGAAUAUGGAAAAAGAAAUCCGCAGAAGGAUUCCAAUCAUUGCCUUACUUGGUGGCUCUAUUUAGCUCCAUGCUUUGGCUAUACUAUGGUUUAAUUAAGACAAAUGCUGCUUUACUCAUUACAAUUAAUUCAUUUGGAUGUGUGAUUGAAACCAUUUACAUUGUCAUAUACACAAUCUACGCCACCAGAGGUGCCAAGAUCUUAACUCUUAAACUAUUUAUGGCGAUGAAUGUGGGGUCUUUUGUCUUGAUAUUCCUUACAACCCAUUUUGCAAUGCAAGGUUUCCUUCGUGUGCAAGUUUUAGGAUGGAUUUGCACAUCUUUUGCAAUUUGUGUCUUUGCAUCCCCUUUAAGUAUUAUGGCAAAAGUUAUUCGAACAAAGAGUGUAGAAUUCAUGCCAUUCAAUUUGUCCUUUUUUCUCACAUUAAGUGCUAUAGUGUGGUUUACUUAUGGUCUCUUUCUCAAGGAUAUUUGCAUUGCUAUACCAAAUGUGGUGGGUUUCAUAUUGGGUCUACUUCAGAUGCUACUAUAUGCUAUUUACAACAAAGCUAAAAAAGGGGUAUCUAUAGAGGAGAACCAUGCAUUAGAUCCAAUGACAAACAUUGUUAUAGUGAACCCGCUAGGAAUUCCUUGUGAAGUUUUAUCAAUAUACCAACAAUAGAUAAUGUGAACAAGCAAGAAAAAGAAGGUGAAGAAGAGAAUAAAGAGAUAAGUAUGGAAAGUCCAACAUGAUAUAAGCAUGGUGAAAAGAAUAUUGUUUUCUUCUUUAGAUCAUAUAGUUUAGUUUUUUAUAUAUUAUGUUGUUUAUAUAAAUAUAUA